AUGAAGUUUUCCGAGUGGACCUGGUCCUCUCUCAUCCUCGCUGGGUUUGCACAAGCCCAGGCUGACUCUUCUGUCGUUGGCGCAUUCGCAGGGGAAGGAGUUCCAACUGAUGAUAUCCCCGCCAACGCAGAGGGCAUACCAGGGCUAUACCAAGCCGAGCCCUAUGACAGCAAGAGACUCGACCGCGGAGUCUGGAAAGCAUCCUGUGACAGCGAAAACACGGGAUACGAAUGUUCUAAGGCGAUUGAUGGCAACAACGCCACCUUUUGGGAGACAGCUGGCAAUACGACUUAUCCCCACUUCAUCACAGUGGACAUAGGGUCAAAACAGAACGUAAGUGGCAUUGCAAUGAUCCCCCGACGGGACGGGUCGCAGAACGGAUGGAUCGUCAAACACCGGGUCUUCACCAGCACCGAUGGCAACAAUUGGGGACAACCUGUAGCUUAUGGCAUCUGGUAUUCCGACGACAGUGAGAAGCUAGCCGUCAUCGAGCCUCAGCCGGUUCGCUAUGUCCGAUUGGAGUCUCUCUCAGGUGCCACCGAUAGUCAGACCACCAGCAUUGCCGACCUCAACAUCUACGGCGCCAACAGUUAUAACGUAAAGAACUCCAACCUCGGGGAAUGGGGCGCCACGAUCGAUCUCCCCAUCGUUCCAGUAGCCGCUGCUGUCGAACCCAACAAUGGCAAGGUUCUCGUGUGGUCGUCCUGGGGUAAGGAUCGCUUUGGGGGUACUCCCGGUGGAGUCACACAGACAUCCAUUUGGGAUCCUAAAACAGCCGACGUCUCCCACCGUGUGGUGACCAAUACGCAUCACGAUAUGUUUUGCCCCGGGAUUUCCAUGGAUCCACGCGGUUACAUUGUUGUUACUGGGGGCAAUGACGCGGAACGCACCAGUAUCUACGUGCCCUUCAACGACACCUGGAUCAUCGGUGCAGAUAUGACCACCGAGCGUGGAUACCAGGCUACCACCACCUUGUCUGAUGGUCGUAUCUUUGCUAUCGGUGGCUCCUGGAGCGGCGAAGUGUCGGACUCCAAAAAUGGUGAGAUAUAUGACCCGAUUGCUGAUGAAUGGAGUCCUCUGGAUGGUGCUUUGGUCAAGCCCAUGCUAACCAACGAUGCGACGGGCCCUUACCAUGCGGACAAUCAUGGCUGGCUAUUUGCCUGGAAGAACACCAGCAUCUUCCAGGCCGGACCCAGCAAGGCUAUGAACUGGUACUCGGUUGAAGGGCAAGGGUCUGUCUCGGCUGCAGGGAGCCGUCUUGGCAACUCAGACGAGAUGUCUGGGAAUGCGGUCAUGUUCGAUGCUUCAGCCGGGCGGAUACUCACGUUUGGGGGCUCUCCGAACUACGAGGAUAGUGAUAGUGUCAACAACGCCGCUUUGAUCACACUCAGGGAUCCUAAUAACAGCAUCGAGAUCGUUCAGGCAGGGCAGAACCUGCGGUAUAGUCGCGUGUUCCACACAUCAGUCGUGCUGCCGGACGGUAGCGUCUUCAUUGCAGGGGGCCAGCGUCACGGUAUGCCUUUUGUGGAGGAUCCCCAGUACGACAAUCGAUUCACCCCCGAGCGAUACAUCCCGAAAGACGAUUCGUUCAUCACACAGCAGCCAAAUAGCAUUGUUCGUGUCUAUCACAGCAUCUCUCUCUUACUACCAGAUGCCACCGUGAUGAAUGGCGGUGGCGGUCUCUGUGCCAAUUGCUCCACCAACCACUACAACCUUCAGGUCUACACGCCCCCUUACCUUUUCACGGGCAACGGUAGUCGCGCUACUCGUCCAGAGAUCAAGUCUGUUUCCUCAGCCAAGAUCGGACUUGGUGGCCAAAUCAGCAUUACCACCGGAUCUUCUGUUGCCACUGCCUCGCUAAUUCGGUAUGGUACCACGACACAUACCGUGAACACGGAUCAGCGACGCAUUCCUCUUAACCUCGUAUCGGCUGGUGGUAAUAAUAGCUACACUGUGUCUAUUCCAGAUGAUGGGGGCAUUGCCCUGCCGGGGUAUUGGAUGUUGUUUGUUUUGGAUGGAAAGGGGGUUCCCAGUGAGGCGGCCACUAUUCAGAUCACCCUGUGA